AGCCAGACUAAGGCUGCCGGUGGGAGCACUGGACACAGCAGAGUUGGGACAAUACACAACUUGUAGCCUUUUCCCCCCACAAUCCUGGGCUCACAUAAGGACACAGGACUUUUUCCCUUUCCCAGUGGCCUGGUCUCUCGCUCUGUAAGGGGACAUGGCUACUGGGGGCUUCUGCCUGGUGGCAUUAACCCUUCUCUUGGCACAGGUGACCUAUGGAGAGGACACUGCUGCCCCCUCGCUGGCUUUCGUGUUUGAUGUCACUGGUUCUAUGUAUGAUGACCUCAGGCAGGUGAUUGAAGGAGCCAAUCGGAUUCUGGAGCGCACGCUGAAUCGCAGAACCAAGGCCAUCAGCAACUACAUCCUGGUACCCUUCCACGACCCAGAGAUCGGACCCGUCACCAUCACGACAGACCCUGAGAAGUUCAAGGCGGAGCUUAGGGAGCUCUAUGUUCAGGGUGGAGGGGACUGCCCAGAAAUGAGCGUGGGUGCAAUUAAGAUGGCGGUGGAGGUAUCGUACCCAGGCUCCUUUAUCUACGUAUUCACUGAUGCCAGGGCCAAGGAUUAUAAGAAGAAGCAGGAGCUGCUGCAGCUGCUACAACUCAAGCAGUCUCAGGUAGUCUUUGUGCUAACAGGGGACUGUGGGGACAGGAGUCACCCGGGAUACCGAGCCUACGAAGAGGUCGCCUUCACCAGUUCUGGACAGAUAUUCCACCUUGACAAGCUGCAAGUUAAUGAGGUGCUCAAGUGGGUGGAGGAGGCCAUUCAAGCCUCUAAGGUCCACCUGCUUUCUACAGACCAUGAGUUGGCUGGCGAGAGAAGCUGGAACAUCCCGUUUGACCCCAGUUUAAAGGAGGUGACCAUAUCUCUUAGUGGCCCUAAUCCUCACAUACAAGUCAUUGACCCAACAGGGAGAAUAUAUACGCUUAACAAAGGUCUGGAGGAACUUCUGAGUAUUCCCAAUUCUGCUCUGAUUGUGGGGCUGAAGCCUUCAAUACCUGGAGUUUGGACCAUCAAGAUCAGCAGCAGCGGAAGGCACACCGUCCGAAUUACGGGCGUCAGUUUUCUGGAUUUCCGAGCGGCAUUUUCCACUGCGGCUUUGAUAGAUCCCUCCAACACCGUCGAACGGCCAAUUCAAGGGGUCCCCAUCUCUGCUCUUGUCAACUGCACGGGCCUGGCAUCGCCGGGAAAGGUGGAUUCCCUGGAUCUCUUGCGGGUCUCUGGGGAGCCAUUCUUCUCUCUGCCCGCCCAGCGAUUGCCCUACAAGAGAUCCAAGCAGUUAUGGUCAGUCCCUCAUUUCCAGGCUCCCAGGGAAAGCUUCUUCAUGAAAGUAAAAGGAACUGACCGUGGUGGGUACCCAUUUCAGCGCCUCUCCAGUGUGGCCUACACAAGUAUAAUACCAGAUAUACCUGCAGUGUUCAUGCCAGAGCUCAUCCAGGGCUAUCACCACCGCCCUAUUCUCAUUACCUGCUCAGUUCUCAGUGAAAUUCCCUUCCGUCUUCGCUUCUCCAAGGAUGGAGAACGCCUUGGAGAAGACCAGUUCUUCUCGGAAACUGGCAAUGCCACCUGGGAGAUCCCAUCCGCCUCCGCUCAACAUGAAGGAGAUUAUCUGUGCACUGCCAUGAGCAAAGCCGGAGGAGGUUAUGCCCGUACAAAGGUAUCAGUGGCAGACCCUCCACCGAUGCUAACUGUUCCUCACAACAUCACAACCUUUGUUGGUGGCUCAGCAGUCCUGUCCUGCGAAGUCCUUGGCGAGAUUCGCUACAACCUCAGUUGGGCACACAGUGGAAAAGCGUUUAGAGAGGGCAGAGUUCGGAUCCUACCCAACUCAUCCCUGGAGAUUUUGAAUGCCCAGCCUAGUGAUGCUGGAGAGUACCAGUGCACCGCCAGCAACCAUCAUGGGGCCACAACCGCUAGCUUGUGGCUCACCAUACAGGCUCCACCAAGUAUAGAAGUUAAGUCAAGUUCCAUGCAACUAAGCCACGGAGAGGAGGUGACCCUAAGAUGUGACGUAUCUGGUAACCCUGUCCCCCAAAUCUCUUGGAAACACGACGACUUUUUUCUCAUGACUGGCAGCAGGUACACCAUUCUUGAUGACAGUACUCUGCUUAUUAAAGAUGCCGGCCAAGAGGAUGCUGGGAACUACAGCUGUGUUGCCUCCAACAGUUUAGGGACUGAUGAGCAGUCAGUAUUCCUGACAUAUGUGGAACGUCCAAAAGCCACCGCCGUGAAGGCACUCGUGCAAGUUCCUCUCGGGGAGGAUGCCAUACUGGAAUGCCUCAGUGAAGGACUUCCACUUCCAGUGGUCACAUGGUACAAAGAUGACAAAGAAGUGACCGGAACAGAGAGUGGGACAAAUGGUGGGACUCUAAGGCUCCAGGAGGUGAGAACAGAAGACGGUGGAAAAUAUGCGUGCGUCGCCUCGAAUGACGCAGGAACAGCCUCUGAUAUCAUUCAACUGGAUGUUGGGACUCCUCCUCAGUUCGUAGACUUCCCUUUGGAUGUUGAAGUGGAGGUUGGAGAGAGUGCAAAGCUGCCCUGCAGUGCUGAAGGGAAUCCCGCACCUCAAGUUUCCUGGUUCAGGCAAGAUGAAGGACCAGUGGUGGCUUCUGGGACUACAGAGAUCAUUGAGGGCCCCGGUUCUAACACAGUUCACUUCAAAGUUGCAAGACCAGAAGAUGCUGCAGUCUAUGUUUGUGAAGCAAGGAACGCCUUUGGUUGGGUCCAGGCUGAGAUCCUGCUCUCUGUCACUGGCCUUGCGGCUCCAAAACUCGCUGUGGCUUCAUAUGAGGUCACCGUUCUUGAAGGGCGUUCUCUUACCUUACCUUGCACUGUGGUGUCUGGAAAUCCCCUUCCUGUCCAGCGCUGGACCAAAGACUCACAAACACUGCAGGUUCAAUGGCGGCACACUAUAAAUGGAGAAGGUGGCUUGAUUAUAGAACCAGUGCAAAGAGAGGAUGCUGGGAAGUACGUCUGUGAGGUAACCAAUGCUGUCGGCUCUACCAAUCACAGCAUUCUCCUUCAUGUUCAUGUGGCUCCUGUAAUACUUCCUGGGCCAGCGGAAUAUGUCGUUCACGAGGGAAGAGCAGUUAUAAUAUCAUGUGAUGUCAAAGGAUACCCACCCCCUACUGUGACAUGGUCAAAGGGUGAUGUGGACUUAACCGCAGAGAAUACGCAGUAUUACCUCAACAAAGAUGGCAGCAUUCUGAUUUCCCUCCCAACUGGGGCUGAUGAAGGUUCCUACACCUGCAAAGCCGUCAAUCCAGCUGGAAUCUCCAUUAGAGAGGUCCAACUCAUCGUCCAUACAAAGCCCAGAAUAAAUAUCAAUGGCUCACAUGACCAGAGCACCCCAGUUCGAGUGGUGGCAGCACUUGGUGCAGAGAUUACUCUACCCUGUGAUGUUGAGGGUUCCCCCCUACCUGUGGUCUCCUGGAGGAAGGACUCCCUGCCCUUGCCGAUUGUCUCUGCCAGACACCACUUGCUGCCCAGCUGGUCUCUCCGCCUGUCCGAGCUGAGGGUCAUGGACAGUGGGUACUACACCUGCCUCGCUUCCAACCCAGCCGGAAACACGUCACUCACUUACAGCCUGGAGGUUCAAGUUCCACCUCGGGUGCACCCAGGUGCCAAGGUCCUGAAGGCAUUACUGGGUCGCACCUUGCAACUGCCUUGUCUGGCCUAUGGAGAUCCAAUGCCAAGACUGAGCUGGUUUAAGGAUGGUGAACCAAUGAGGGUUGGAGACCAAGAUUCCCUGCAAGGGCCCGAUGGCAGUAUCAGCAUCCUAGAGGUGCAGCUAUCAGAUUCUGGAAAUUACCGCUGUGUGGCAACCAGCAGUGCAGGAGAAGACUUCUUGGAGUUUAGGCUGGAGAUAUUAGAGGCACCAUUCUUUGAAGAUGGUUCAGAUGUCCUGUUGGAGCAAACUGCCUAUGAGCCAGUGGUUCUAACUUGUCCUGUGCAAGGUACCCCUACGCCUCUGAUUCGCUGGAUGAAGAAUGGAGUGGUGCUUGUGGGUAACCUACCAGGGAUGACACAACUAGGCAAUGGGUCUUUGCUGAUUGAGUCCCCAGUUCCAAGCCAUGGUGGAGACUACAUCUGUGUUGCCACCAAUGAAGCCGGCUCAGCAAGGAGAAAGACUAAGCUAGUAGUGUAUGCCAAACCCAAGAUUUUCGAGGAUGGACAGGGACAGAAUAUUUCUGUGAUGGCCAAUCAACCGUUGACAUUGAGGUGUGAAGUAUCAGGUGUUCCCUUUCCAACCGUGACUUGGAGCAAAGAUGGCAAAACGCUCAUAGAGGCUCCUGGGAUGAGCUUGCUGGCUGCCGGGCAGUCUGUUCGGUUUCACCGGAUGCGCAAGGAUGAUACUGGUUCCUAUACUUGCAAGGCGGUCAACCGGGCUGGAGAAGCUCAGAGAACUUUUAACCUAAUGAUAUUGGUGCCCCCAACCAUUUAUGGAGCUGGUUCCCUUCAGGAUAUCACCGCAAGGGAUGGAUCAGAGGUUGAGCUUCAAUGUAAAGCGUCGGGGGUCCCUAGACCCCAAGUAGAAUGGACGAAGGAUGGACAGCCUCUGCCUCCAGGAGAGGGCCACAUCCAACUAACAGAAGGAGGGCAAGUGCUGCGACUGAAUGGCACAAGACUCUCUGACCAGGGCAGGUACCAGUGCUUGGCAUUCAACCACGCUGGGCAGCAAGUCAAGGAUUUCAACUUGAGAGUCCACACCCCACCUACAAUCUGGGCAUCCAAUGAAACAACGGAAGUGGCCUCCUUAUUACAUGGGGUGGUGGAGUUGAGGUGUGAGGCACGGGCUUCUCCCGUUCCUGGUAUAACCUGGUUUAAGGACAAACGUCCUAUUGUGUCCAGCUCUCGGGCCACCUACCGUGAAAGUGGGAGGAGCCUACAGUUAAGUAGAGUGCUGUUAUCUGACGCUGGUACCUACACCUGCCGAGCAACAAACAACGCAGGCACAGCGGAGAAGUCUUACCGGCUGGAGGUUUAUGUUUCCCCGGAUAUUGAGGGAGGAGGAUCCAAGCCACUGCCCAUUAAAGCCAUCCUUGGUCAUUCUCUGGAGCUUGAGUGCUCAGCCACUGGUCACCCACCCCCUACCCUGUCGUGGCUGAAGGAUGGACUGAUGCUCUCUGAGAGGGACGGAUUGCAGAUCAAAGAUGGCGGCCGUACCCUACACAUUGGAAUUGUAUCAGAGAGAACCCAAGGAACAUUCACUUGUGUGGCCAUCAGCUUGGCUGGAGAGAAUGUCCUGCACUACGUGGUGACUGUCCUUGUUCCCCCCAAAGUGCUGAUUGGUGAAGGCUCUGCACAUGUGACCGUGACAGCCAAUGACCCAUUGGACCUCUCAUGCCAUGCUACUGGUUAUCCAACUCCAACUAUCCAGUGGCUGAGAAAUGAUCACUCUCUUAGCAAUGAGGUUGGGGUGGAGAUAUUAGAUGGAGGCAAAAUGUUAACCAUCCGCCAGAUCCAGCCACAGCAUGCUGGGAAAUACAUUUGUAAAGCAGAAGGAGAAUCCGGAACAGCAGAGGCAUCGGUGGAGGUGGAAGUACAAGAACUCCCAUCAGUCACUAUCGCUGGUGGAACCACCAUGGUCGUCAACUUUCUAAAGAGAGUAGUCCUGGAAUGUGAUGUGUCGGGCAACCCACCGCCCUCUGUGACGUGGUGGAAGGAUGGAUUCCUUCUUCCCAUCCAUGGGCCUAAACUGCAGAUCAACUCUGUAUCUAUUGACGAUGAAGGAGUGUACACUUGUGUGGCUACUAAUUUUGCAGGAGAAGGAAGGCAAGAUGUGGUACUAACUGUGCUAGUGCCACCUAACAUUGAACCAUCGGAUGUCAAUCAGACUGUUGUUGAGAAUCUCCCAGCAUCCUUUGAGUGCUUGGCAUCUGGAAGUCCAUUGCCAAUUGUGUCCUGGUAUCGAGGGGAGCAGCUAUUGUCUGCCGUGCCUGGCAUCACCCUGCUAAAUGAUGGCAAGACCCUGCAGAUUGAGAAUGCCCAAAGCUCAGACAGUGGAGAGUACCGCUGUGUGGCUUCAAAUACAGCUGGCAGCAGUGAAUUCCGAUACAACCUGCUGGUUUAUGUUGCCCCAAGAAUUGUCUCCGUGAUGGACUUUGCCACCUUUUUGGUCAAUGAGCAGGUGUGGCUGGAAUGUAAUGCAACGGGGGUGCCCGAGCCAACGGUUAUGUGGCUGAAGGACCAAGUACCAGUUUCGACUGCAAUAGCUGGCCUACAGAUCUUAGAGCAAGGGCGAAUCCUUUCCCUAGAAGCGGCCCAUGUAUCGGAUUCUGGGAUCUAUACCUGCAUUGCUGUUAACCCAGCUGGUGAGGACAGCCAUCAUAUUGCCCUGCAAGUAUAUGUGCCCCCAAGUAUCAUGGGAGAAGAGCUGAACUCCUCCAUCUCUGUUAACCAGCCUCUUCUUCUUGAGUGCCAGAGCAUUGCCAUCCCUCCCCCAGUUAUCACUUGGUUGAAAGAUGGACGCCCCCUUCUUCAGAGGCCUGGGGUGCGAGUUAUAGACGAUGGUCACUAUCUGCAGAUUGACCAGGCUCAACUGAGAGAUGCUGGAAGAUACACGUGUGAAGCCUCCAAUGAUGCCGGACGUACAGAGAAACAUUACAACGUCAUCAUUUGGGUGCCACCAUCUUUCCCAGAACCUUCUGCUCCCCACCACUCAAUAAUUGAAGGGCAACCUGUGAGCUUCACUUGUGAAUGCACUGGGGUUCCUGCACCAACCCUCACCUGGACCAAAGAUGGAUUACCUCUUGAAAUGGAGGAUUCAGGCCUGGCAACUGCAGGUGGGCGAAUCAUACAAAUUGGGAAGGUCCAGGUGUCGGAUGAAGGAUCUUAUAUGUGUGAAUGCAGCAACGAGGCAGGAAGCAGCAAGAGAGAGUAUUGGCUGGAGGUUUAUGCUCAGCCCAUGAUAACUGGAAGCAGCAACACUCCCACACAAGUGACCGUCAACAAAGGCAGCCUGGUCACCUUGGAGUGUGUUGUCAGCGGGAAACCAUCACCCUCUGUGACAUGGUUAAAAGAUGGUUUCCCACUGGGAAAUGGUCCAGACCUCAUCUUUCAGAACAAGGGUCAGCAGCUGACCAUCCCUAUGGCGCAGCCUUCCCACUCUGGACGCUAUGUAUGUGUGGCUGUGAAUGCAGCAGGACAGACAGACAUAAAGUAUGAGGUCUUCGUGCACGUUCCACCAGAACUCCCCAAUACACAGACAGCCCUGCUUAAUGUAUCUACCUCCCUGCAUGGAACUUUCACUAUAACCUGUGAAGCAACUGGGAUCCCACCCCCAGUCAUUACCUGGUUCAGAAACAAUGAAGCCCUGUCACCAAGGGAGAAUGUACACCUUCAGUCAGGUGGUCGGGUUCUUAAGAUAACACAUGCCCAAAUCCAAGAUGGAGGACAUUACUCCUGUGUGGUGACCAAUACUGCAGGACAAGCCAAGAAAGAUUUCUUUGUGGAUAUCCUUGUCCCUCCCAGUAUAGACGGUGAGGACAACAAUGACCUGAGGGUGCCCGAGGGACAAUCUGUUACACUUAGUUGCAAAGUUUCAGGUCACCCAAAGCCUUUGAUCACUUGGUUGAGAGAUGCCCAGCCCGUGCAGAGCAGAGACGAGGUUCUCAUUUCUCCCGAUGGCUCAGAACUUCACAUACUGUCAGCCAAUGUCUUCAACGUUGGCCAUUACACAUGCGUGGCUACUAACUCCAUUGCAGAAAGAAGCAGAAACUAUGUAGUAACUGUUCUAGUGAGUCCCACCAUCUCUGGACCCCUCGAUGAUGAAGCCAACGAAGAUGUCAUUGUCAUUGUCAACAACCCGUUUUCCCUAAUUUGUGAAGCUCUUGGUUUCCCUAUUCCAAGUGUGACAUGGCUGAAGAAUGGAGAACCAUUCAAAGAUUCUGAUAACCUUCGCCUCCUUCCAGGUGGUCAUGGUUUACAGAUCUUAAAUGCUCAGGAAGAAGACUCUGGCCAAUACACUUGUGUGGUUACCAAUGAGGUUGGUGAAGCCAUCAGAAAUUAUGAAGUCAAAGUCUUCAUUCCUCCAGUGAUUAAACGGGAUGAUCUUAAUCAAGAUGUUGGCGUCAAGGAAGUAAAGACUAAGGUUAACAGCAGCCUGACAUUGCAGUGCGAAUCCCAGGCGGUGCCAAAACCAACUUUACAUUGGUACAAAGAUGGACAGCUUCUGGAGAGUUCAGGUGGUGUCCAAAUUUUAAGCGAUGGACAAGAGCUACAGAUACAGCCAAUCCGCCUGUCCGACUCAGGACGUUACACCUGCGUUGCCACCAACGUUGCUGGUGAAGACGAAAAAGAAUUUUAUGUAAAUGUCCAGGUUCCCCCCAUAUUCCACAGGCCAGGAAGCCCUAGUGCUGCCUUUGAGUUGGUCUUUCGAGACGAUGAUGAAGAAGAGUUGACUGAGCACAGGGAAGUGGUGGCAACCAACCCUAUUUCCUUGUACUGUGAUACCAAUGCCAUUCCUCCUCCCAUUCUGACCUGGUACAAAGAUGGCCAACUUCUCUCUUCUUCAGAUGGGGUGAUGAUUCUCCUUGAGGGUCGUAUCUUACAGAUCCCCCUGGCUCACGCAAAGCAUGCUGGGAAAUACACCUGCGAGGCAACUAACGAAGCUGGAGAAGACAGACUUCACUAUGAGCUUUUGGUACUAACUCCACCAGUCAUGAAAGGGGAGGUGGAAGAACUGAUCCAAGAAGUGUCUGUCAUUUAUAACCAGACAGCAGAACUAAAUUGUGAUGCAACAGGUAUCCCCUCUCCGAGUAUCACCUGGUUGAGGAAUGGUUUGACUCUGAGUACUGCUGAAAGAUACCAGCUGUUGAAUGAUGGCAAGAUACUGCAGAUCCACAGCGUGGAGGUGAAUGAUAUAGACAGCUAUGUCUGUGUGGCAGAGAAUCCCGCUGGAUUUGCUGAGAGACUCUUCACCCUGAUGGUUCAUGUUACACCAAUCAUCUCUGGUCCAAACCCAGAGAACAUCAGUGCUGUCCUACAGAACUCAGUCUCUCUCUUGUGCGACGUCCAAUCCCAUCCCACCCCAGAGAUCAUGUGGUACAAAGAUGGGCAGCUCCUAACACCAACUAAGGGACUACUUAUCAUGCCAGGUGGACAGGUUCUACAGAUUGCCCGAGUACAGCUGUCCAACCAGGGAAUCUAUAUGUGCAAGGUCCAUAAUCCUGCUGGGUCUGCAGAGAAACUCCUGCAUCUCACUGUCUAUGUUCCACCUAGCAUCAAAGAACCUCCCAUGGGCAAGCAGGAGGCUGUUGUAAGGCUUGGGGACAAUCUCGCUCUGCAAUGUGAAUCUGAUGCAGUGCCACGACCCACCAUCACAUGGUAUAAAAAUGGUCAGCAGCUUCUUGGAAAAGAGGACAUUCAAAUACACGAUCAUGGGCAGCGCUUAGAAAUUCUCGAUAUUAAGGCAUCGGAUAAAGGACAGUACACCUGCAAAGUGACCAAUAUGGCAGGAGAAGUGGAAUUAACCUACACAGUGAUUAUAAAUGUUCCUGCAACCAUCAUACGUCCACAAAACGAGACACUCCAGCUUAUCAUUGGCAAUUCCAUUGUCCUCUCCUGUGAGGCUGAAGGUUCUCCUCCUCCUAUGGUAACAUGGCUGAAAGAUGGAGAACCUCUUGAGGCCAAUGUACGAGGAGUGACCAUACGAGGCAGCCGUCUACAGAUUAGCCGCGUGCAACAAUCCCACACCGGACAUUAUCGAUGCAUCGCCCAGAACUCCAUCUCGGAGGCUCAUAAGGAUUUUGUUUUGUUGGUUCAAGUGGCUCCUAGAAUUUUUGGCUCAGAGAUGCCCAGCGAGCAUAGUGUUCCAGAGGAGCAAGAGGUGAAACUGGAAUGCAGAACCGAGGGAUCCCCACCACCCCAAAUCAUGUGGUUUAAAGAUGGAAGCCCUUUGGAUGUGACUUUGGUUCAUAGAGUCUUUCAGGAUGGAACUUUCUUGGUCCUAAGGUCGGUCCAGGCUUCCGACUCCGGAAGAUACACAUGUGUUGCACGUAACAAUGCAGGAGAGGACACCAAGGUUUAUGUGUUAAACAUAUUGGUUCCUCCAACAUUUGAAUCGGGGUCCAACGUGUCUGAUGUCCUCAGCAGUGUUCCUGGUGGCCAGGUGACCCUGGAAUGUCAUGCCAGUGGCUCGCUGCCCUUGCAGCUCAGUUGGUUUAAAGACGGCCAUCCCCUAUCUACCACACGCUUUAUCAGGAUUGCCUCUGGAGGGCGUAUUCUCCGUAUUUCCCAGGUGCAAGUCUCUGAUGCCGGAACAUACAGGUGUGUGGCCUCAAGCCCUGCUGGGGCUGCCGAGAAGAGCUUUAUUCUACAUAUAGAAAGUCUGCCUAUAUUAGAAAGGUCUGAGAGCACUGAGGAGGUGACUGCCAUUAAAGGAGCAUCCGUGACCUUCACCUGUGAAGCCCAUGGGACACCAUUGCCCUCGUUAUCUUGGGAGAAAGAUGGACAGCCUCUGAACCUUCAGAGCAACCUAUUGCCCAAUGGGUUAGGAACUCGGCUUCAUCUAGAGUCUGUCCAUGCUCUGGACUCCGGUAUCUACUCCUGCAUUGCUGUGAAUGCUGCAGGGAAAGUGAGCAAACACUUCCAUCUAACGGUUCUAGAACCUCCAAGGAUUGAGGGCCCAGCUUUACCCACAGAAGUCUCCAUCAUUGCUGAUUCACCCCUGGAACUGGCGUGCACGGCCACAGGUGUUCCCACACCUGAGAUCAGCUGGGAGAAGGAUGGACGACCCUUAUCUCAACCGGACCUCCUGCCGAGAAACGGGACAGUGCUGAGAAUCGAGAGAGUGAAGGCCGAGGAUGCCGGCAUUUAUGUGUGUGUGGCAACCAGCACGGCAGGAAGGGAUUCAAGGGCUACCUGGGUUCGGAUGAAAGUUCCUCCAAGUGUGGUUGGAUCUGCAGACCCCCGAACCCUUGCUGUGUCUGUUGGAGGUCAACUGGUGCUGGAAUGUAAAGUGGAAGCAGAUCCGCCUCCGACAAUUCAUUGGUACAGGGGAGAUGUUCCGCUCCAGACGGAUGGCAGAGUGCAGGUGUUAUCCAAGGGUAGAUAUGUCCAAAUUCAUAGCUUGCGCCCGUCGGACAGUGGUGAAUACACCUGCAUAGCAAGUAACCCAGCUGGAAGGACCAGCCUGCUCUUCACUGUGGAGAUACAACUUGCCCCCAUGAUACAGCCAGGUCCUUCUGUGGUCAGUGUUUCUGUUAACCAAACAGCAGUGCUGCCGUGCCGGAUGGAGGGCAUUCCCCUUCCAACUGCAUCAUGGAGAAAAGAUGGCAGUCCACUGUCUAUAGAGAUUUCCAGACUGGAGUUCCUUGCCGAUGGUUCCCUCAGGAUUCCUCACACUCUCCUGCAGGAUUCUGGGUAUUACCUCUGCACGGUCACCAACUCUGCAGGAAUGGCUCGUCGGGGAGUGGAGCUCCGAGUAUUUGUUCACGGAGGAUUCUCUCAGUGGCAGGAGUGGGGUCCCUGCACCAGGACAUGUGGACAAGGCAUUCAAGAAAGGGUCCGGCUCUGUAACAACCCUCCUCCGGCCAAUGGAGGGCGUCCCUGCAUUGGGCCUGAUUUGGAAGUGAGAGCCUGCAAAUUAUCACUCUGUCCAGUGGACGGAGGGUGGACAAGUUGGAGCCGAUGGGCUCCAUGUUCUUCUACAUGUGGAGAGGGUUCACGGCAGCGGACACGCUCUUGCUUCUCUCCUCCCCCACAGAAUGGCGGAAAGGCCUGCGCGGGAAAAGAUACAGAAACAGAAAUAUGUCAGCUGCCACCAUGCCAAGUUGGUCCUUCUAGAGUACGUGCCAGUGUCAUUGGUAUUAUCAAUGACCAGGACUUUGGAAUCUCUGCUCUCAGUGCCAAUUUGACUGAAAACCCCUUGACCGGCCUCACCACAAUCACCAGUAGCAUUGAGAACAUUCCACCUUCUGUGGGUCAUCUUAUAAGGGUCCUAGUCUCUGUGAUUGCACCCUUGUACUGGUCUGCAGCAUUUGCUCAUGAUGACACCGUUAAUGGAUUUUCCCUGACCAAAGGAGUUUUCCGGAAGGAGACCCAGCUGGAGUUUGCUACAGGUGAGCUCCUGCGUGUCACUCACAUUGCUCGAGGGCUGGACACAGAAGGCACAUUAUGGUUGGAUAUCGUUAUCAAUGGCUUUGUACCGGUUGCUCUGGCUUCUUCUGAUCUCAUUCCGCAGGAAUAUACUGAGACGUAUGUGCAGACAGGGCCUGGGCAGAUUCACGCCUGGGGUUCCCCUACCUUUUCUAAAAGUGGCAGCUUCCUUUCCCUCCGUUGCAAUCACACUGUGGAAUACAACCACAACUUGGGUCGGCAGCGCAAACCCACCCAGCGGGUCCACGUGGGCUCUGUUAGAUCAACCUAUCUUCCUGGGCUAGAGGAGCUGCAGUUCCAGUUGACGACCUCUUUGCGUGAAGGCCUGAACGGAGGCGCCUGUCCUCUUGGCUUUGCACAGUCGGCAGAAUCGUACUGUACAGAUGAGGACGAGUGUGACCUGCGCAAUUCCUGCUCACACACCUGCCACAACACCAUUGGCAGCUUUGUCUGUUCCUGCACGGUGGGUUACACAUUGGCACCAGAUGGCAGAAGCUGCAGAGACGUUGAUGAGUGUUUCUUGGGAACGCACCACUGCGAAGCAGGACAGCAAUGUAUCAACACGGCCGGGUCAUACCAAUGCCUCCUGCGCUGUGGCCCUGGGUUCCGACCGAAUGCAGAGGGGACAGCCUGUGAGGACGUUGAUGAGUGUGCCCAGUCCUCUCCGUGCCAGCAGAGAUGUCUCAAUACAAUUGGCUCCUACAGAUGUGCAUGUGACCCUGGCUACCAACUUAGAGGAACUCUCUGUGUGGAUAUCAAUGAGUGCCUGAGAGGAGUGUGCCAACCCCAGCAGCAGUGCAAGAACACACUAGGGAGUUACCAGUGCGUGGAAAACUGCCCCCCUGGUUCCACACGCUCAGAGUCUGGAAUCUGUAGUGAUAUUGAUGAGUGCCGAGAUGGCUCCCAUAGGUGCCGAUACAAUCAGAUCUGUGAGAACACAGCAGGCGGAUAUCGCUGCACCUGCCCUCGGGGUUACAGAUCUCAGGGUGCUGGAAGACCUUGUCUAGAUAUUAACGAGUGCCUGCAAGUGCCCAAACCCUGUGCCUUUGAGUGCCAGAACAUUGCAGGAAGCUACAAAUGCCUGUGCCCACCAGGGAAGCAACUCCUGGGUGAUGGAAGAUCAUGUGCUGGGCUGGAGAGGCUCAACAACACUUCAGCACUUGGGCAAGUGGGCGCUCAGUAUGAUGGUUCCAUAACUAAUGGGCGGAUACAUGGAAAUAAUGUGUAUACCUGGCUAUCCUUUAGCCAAAAUGGCAACCAGAUGGGGCAAAGCAGCAUUCGUUGUCCCCCAGGGUUUAUUCGGAGGAAUGGAGUAUGCACAGAUAUAGACGAGUGUGUCCAGCGGAAUCCCUGCCAACAUGAAUGCAGGAAUACAGAGGGCAGCUACAAGUGUAUCUGUCCUGCUGGCUACAGACUGCUCCCCAACAACAGGAACUGUCAGGACAUAGACGAGUGCACAGAGCACAGAAUAACCUGUGGGAUGAACCAGAUGUGCUUCAACACCAGAGGUGGCCACCAGUGCCUGGAUACCCCAUGUCCUACCUCUUACAUCCGGGGUCCAACUCCAGGGACCUGCUUCCGACGAUGCCUACACGACUGCAGCUCGGGGGGCCCCUACAGCCUGCAAUACAAGCUCCUGACGCUCCCCUAUGGCAUUCCCGGGAGUAACGACGUUAUCCGUCUCACCGCUUUCUCAGAAGGGGGGGUCCUCCAGAACCAAACGCUCUUUACUGCUCUGGAACAGGACUCUGGCAGCCCCUUUGCUAUUCGUGAUGAGGGUGGGCACGGCAUCAUCUUCACCCUGCGCCCCCUGGACACCUCUGGGGUGUACCGAAUGAAGGUACAAGCAGUUACCCACAAUGAACAGCAGGGGGUGCGAUAUCAGAGCGUGUUCAUCAUAUAUAUCUCUGUGUCCCCCUUUCCCUACUGAACCAGGGUGGGGACAAUGGGAUAUAAACUGGAAUGCCAUAAACUCGGGUGCAAAAUCAGGGACUUCUCAGUUAUAAUAUAUGUGGGGGGUUACUCACUUACCCAGAUGACUUACUGUCGCUGCGCAGUGCAUCCGGGUGCUACAAGUUUGGACUGAAGUUCUGAUGGGCUGAAGGACCAUCGUGAUUGUUAUUGGCCCAGGGAAAGGGGCUUUUCAGGGCUUCUCCCUGGCUAUGGAAAGAAAAGAGACACAAGACAACAAUUAAAUGUAUUAUGGGAAUGUUUGGCGAGAGGGGGUGGGGGUGGUGUUUGAAUGUGUGAUGGAGCAAUGAUGAUGAUUACGAAGGCCGAAUAUCUGGCAGUGGGACCGGCUUGGUAUUGCUCCAGAGGUGUUGCAAGUUGUUAUUACCUGCGUGACCCGCUCGGACUCUCAUGUGACACCCUUUGGGCAAACAGAUGGCAAGUGACCUUCACUCUGGGCAAUGUAAUGAGAGCAGCAAACACACGAAUGUAACACAAACAGCUUGAAUAGUGGGACUUUGUGUCCCAAAUCCAGUUCCCAUUCCAUCCCUUGUGGUGCUACGAGUAUCCCCAUUGGCUGAUACACACUGACCAUAUGAAAUAGACCCCAGGUUCCCUAAACUCAUCCCGUGUCCGUCAAUGUCUCCGUAGUGGGGCGUAUUUAGAAACACUGGGCAAAUUUGCACACAUAGUUACCAAUCAGCGAUUAGCUUCUUUUUUCUUUAAAAAAAGUUGUAAGUAAAGCAAUAAAAGCCAGCAUCUGAUUGGUUGAACAUGUGCCCAGCGUUUAUAAAUAAUCACCCACUGUGGGUUUUAAACCAUAUUGCUGCUAUAGAAUAGGUAUUAAAAUGAUCCGAACCCUCAACUACAGCUCCCAUCACCCUUAGACGGCUGUUAGCUGAGGGGGACGCCUUUGCAUAUGAGCAAAUCUCUCCCUGAUGUGCCCACCUUGAAGUGGGUGAUAUCGGGCCGAUCCGAUCGUGGGCCCUAGGGCCCAACAAUUGGAUCACAACGAAUAACAUACGCGCGGUCGGAUCGAGGACCACAUCAAUGAACCGGUUGAUCCGAUGGGAUUUUUUUUAACCCUGUCCAAUCGACAAUUGCCCAACUUUCAGCCAGAUAACAAUUGGGGAGGGCCCCGUAUGUUCCCCAAUAAGGUGCCGGCUUAUAUCGGCGACCUUAACUCAUUGCAGCUGAGAUCUAUUGGACCAACCAAGUACUGAUCUUUUGAUCUCUAAAGGGGUAAUACACCUUUAAGAUAACUUUUGGCAUGUUAUAGAAUUGCCUAUACUUUUCAACUGGUCUUCGUUAUGUAUUUUUUAUGUUUUUUAAUUAUUUGCCUUUCCAGUUUUCCAAUCGGGGUCGCUGACCCUGGCAGCCAGCUAUAGCUCUGUGAGGCUACAAUUGUAUUGUUACUUUUUUAUUACUCAUCUUUAUAUUCAGUUCCUCUCCUAUUCAUAUCCCAGUCUCUCAUUCAAUCACUGCCUGGUUGCUAGGGUCCUUUGGAUCCUAGCAACCAGAUAGCUGCUGAAAUUCCAAACUGGAGAGCUGCACAAUUCAAAAACCAUAGAGAAUAAAAAAUGAGAACCAAUUCCAAAUUGUCUCUACAUCAUACUAAAAAUGAAUUAAAGGUGUACAACCCCUUUAAGCCCAGUAGUCGGAAAACCAACUCAUAAUACAGGAAUCCGCGCCGGGGAAUGUCACAUGACCGCGCCACCACUGUAGACUUGCAUGUGUUUUGGGGAGAGGUGUUUCAGUUUAAAGUAAAUACAGAAUGUAUGUAGUUCUCUCCGUUUGAAAUGACGUUGUAUUUUAUUCUCUUAUUUAUUUUUCUUCAAAUAAAGCCCUCUUUGUAUUGUU